GGAGGUGACAGGGAUGGGAUAGUGUCACCGUGGAGGUGACAGUGACACGGUGUUGUCACCCUGGAGGUGACUGGGACACAGAGGUGUCACCCUGGAGGUGAUGAGGACACAGUGGUGUCACAAUGGAGGUGACAAGGAUGGGGAAGUGUCACCAUGGAGUUGACAGGAACACAGUAGUGUCACUGUGGAGGUGACAGGGACACGGUUUUAUCACCAGGGAGGUGACAUGGAUGUGGUGAUGUCACCAUGGAGGUAACAAGAACACAGAGGCAUCACUGGAGGCGUCAGGGAUGGGAUAGUGUCACCGUGGAGGUGACGAUGACACAGCAUUGUCACCAUGGAGGUGACAUGGAUGGGGAGGUGUCACCAUGGAGGGACGUGGUAAUGUCGCCAUGGAGAAGACAGGGAUGGGCUAGUGUCGCCAUGGAGGUGACAUGGAUGGAGAAGUGUCACCAUGGAGGUGACAAGAACACAGAGGUGUCACCAUGGAGGUGACAGGGAUGGGGAAGUGUCACCGUGGAGGUGACAGGGACAGAGUGGUAUCACCGAGCAGGUGUUGAGGACACAGUGGUAUCACCAUGGCGGUGACGGGGACACAAAGGUGUCACUGGAGGUGACAGGGAUGGGAUAGUGUCACCGUGGAGGUGACAGUGACACACUGUUGUCCCCGUGGAGGUGACAGUGACACGGUGUUGUCCCCGUGGAGGUGACAGGGAUGGGAUAGUGUCACCAUGGCGGUGACAGUGACACGGUGUUGUCCCCGUGGAGGUGACAAUGACACACUAUUGUCCCCGUGGAGGUGACAGUGACACAGUAUUGUCCCCGUGGAGGUGACAGCGCCGCGGUUCCCGCAGGGAAGGGAUGCUCCUCCGCUGACGCCCCCGGCGCUCUCCCGAGCAUGGCCGCCCUCCCCGAGCCGCCGGCGCGGCCCCGCAGCAGCUCCUGCCGCAGCCUGCCCGGCCUCCUGGAGACCACCGACACCGACCGGGAUCUCCGGGAUCCUCACCGGGAUCCUCACCGGGAUCCUCACCGGGAUCCGCACCGGGAUCCUCACCGGGAUCCUCACCGGGAUCCUCACCGGGAUCCGCUCCGGGAUGGGCGGGAGCAGGAGGAGACGCGGAUCCUCAAGGUUUGCUUCUACAGCAACAGCUUCAACCUGGGCAAGAACUUCAAACUGGUCAAGUGCUCCGUGGCCACCGAGAUCCGGGAGGUGAUCCACUCCAUCCUGCUGAGCGGUCGGAUCGGGCCGUCCGUCCGCCUGCCCGAGUGCUACGGGCUGCGCCUCAAGCACGUCAAAUCCGAGGAGAUCCACUGGCUGCACCCCCUGCUGACCGUGGGCCAGGUCCAGGACAAAUACGAGUGCCUCCACCUGGAAGCCGAGUGGAGGUACGACCUCCAGAUCCGCUACCUGCCCCAGGAUUUCAUGGAGAGCUUCCAGGAGGACAGGACCACGCUGCUCUACUUCUACCAGCAGGUCAGGGCUGCCAAUGGAAUUCCCAGAAUUCCCAGAAUUCCCGGAAUUCCCGAGGUUUUGUCACCUCAUGGUGGUGGUGGUGGCAUCGUCCUGCCGAUGGGAAUGGUCAGUGGGGACGUCCAGGGACAUUCAGGGACACCCAGGGACAUUUAGGGAUGUCCAGGGACAUUUAGGGACAUCCAGGGA